AUGUCGGAUUAUUUCAAGAGUCCAACAGGACUGGAUAACUUGGACGUAGUUGAUGCAGAAAUCGAGGAGUCUGUGAGCAUGUCAUGGCCAAUCUCCCUCUUCCUCCCCGGCCUCUUCACCCUCGCCCUCACCUCCACCCCUGCUUCGCCGCCGAAAUCCUCUCCUGCGCCGGCCUCUCCACCUCCUCCCCAGGCCUCUCGCCCUCCUCCCAAGGCUUCUCCCACCCCCACUCCCCCUCCCCCUUCCCCUCCCUCUCCCCCUCCAUCGCCUCCUCCUCCUUCCCCCUCUUAUUCCGCUCCUCCUCCUCGCAAGAUGGCGUCUCCAGCACCCCCUCGGACUACCUCACCUGCCUCUUCCCCAUCCUCCACCACUCCUCCAUCUCCAGCCGCCGAUGGGCCCACAGCCGUUGUUGCGCCGUCGGAUGCUCCCGCUGCUGGGACUCCUGCCUCCGGCGCCGUCGUCAACAGAAUUUCGGCCGGCGGAUCAGUAGCCGCUGCUGCUUUGGCUGUGGCAUUGCUCGUUUAG